CGCAGGCGUCCCCCGUGCCCCGACGCCCGGUUGUCUGCGCGGGGUGGGGCAGGGGCGCGUGGCCCUGCGGGUUUCGAGCUGGUGACGGAGCUCUCCGGGAUGGCGUGGGAACGGCCUCCGGACCUGCCUCCGGGCACGCCGAGCGGACGAGCUGCUGCCCUGCGCGGUGGGGGUGGGUGGCUCUCCUGCCCCGGUCCCGGGUCUUCCUGAGUGGAGCAAUGAGGUUUCUGUUCUUCGGGGCAAGGCCAUAGGCAGUCCGGACUCCGGUGGCGACUACCGGGGUGGAGUCAGUGCUUUGGAAUGCCCUAACUUGUUAGACCAAAGUGUUCAGUAGGCAUUUACCGAAUGCCCACUUCUUCCAGGCUUCGUGCUAGGAGCCGUGGGAUGCGGGGGUAAGAGUCAUCCCAUCGCUCCCUCAGGAGAACCGGCAGCUUUGCACAAAAACUGUCUAAGACAGUGGAUUAAGGGGGCUUGAAGGUUAGUUUCUUUUAUUUUCCAAAAUGCCAUUUGCUAUGGUCAUACUGCAUCCUCGUAUAGUGGAAGAUACUGUAGAAGCCACAUUUUAAGUGUUUAACUUGGAGGACCAAUUUUUUAGAUAGAGAUACAGCCAAGUCUUGAUUCCUUAGUCGUGUGCCCCCGGGUCUGGUUAAUUUAAAUGAGUAAACUCCUAAAAAUUGAAACAAAAAUAUUUUCAAAAUAUGUCCUUGUGCUUUUAAGUUGCAGUAACAUGUUACGUACUUUGGAUUUUUAGAGGGUGAGUACUGUGCUGUCAUCAUUACUGAUUGUAUGAGAUGUGCCUUUGAUUUUAAAAGGUGAACUGGGCACCCCAUUAUUUUUCUGGAGGUUUUUGUUUUUAUUUGCCAGUCAGUGGAGAAGGGAGAGGACAGGCAGAGGAGAGCAUUUUAGAGAAAAGCCUUUACACCCAAGGGAGACGGUCACUAUUUGCUUUAACCCUUCUGGAAAUCUUGGCAAACUUGAAGACUGCUGCCGGUGAUCUGCCAGGACAAUGGAUUUUCCUGGUCACUUUGAACAGAUCUUUCAGCAGCUGAACUACCAGAGACUUCACGGCCAGCUCUGUGACUGUGUCAUCGUAGUGGGGAACAGGCAUUUUAAAGCCCACCGCUCUGUGCUGGCAGCAUGCAGCACACAUUUCCGAGCUCUGUUCUCAGUGGCAGAGGGAGAUCAGACGAUGAACAUGAUCCAGCUGGAUAGUGAGGUAGUGACAGCAGAGGCCUUUGCUGCACUGAUUGACAUGAUGUAUACCUCCACCCUCAUGCUGGGGGAGAGCAACGUUAUGGAUGUCUUAUUGGCAGCCUCUCACCUGCAUUUGAACUCUGUUGUUAAGGCAUGUAAACAUUACCUGACAACAAGGACGCUGCCCAUGUCUCCCCCCAGUGAGCGAGGUGUUCAGGAGCAGAGUGCCCGCAUGCAGCGCUCUUAUAUGCUGCAGCAGCUGGGACUGAGCAUCGUGAGCUCGGCCCUCAAUUCCAGCCAGAGUGGCGAGGAGCCACCAGCCCCCAUGAGCUCCUCCUUGCGAAGCACCCUGGACCAGCGCACACCCUUCCCCAUGAGACGCCUUCACAAGCGGAAGCAGUCUGCAGAGGAGCGGGCCCGGCAGCGCCUCCGACCCUCCAUGGAUGAGUCUGCCAUUUCAGAGGUCACUCCAGAGAGCGGGCCUUCGGGGGUUCAUUCUCGGGAGGAGUUCUUUUCACCAGAUUCUCUGAAAAUUGUGGAUAAUCCUAAACCUGAUGGAAUGGCUGACACCCAGGAAGACAGCACUAUGAUGUUUGACCAGUCUUUUGGGGCUCAAGAAGAUGCCCAGGUGCCCAGCCAGUCUGACAACAGUGCGGGCAACCUGGCCCAGCUGUCCAUGGCUUCUCGUGCAACUCAGGUUGAGACUAGCUUUGAGCAGGAAGCUGCAGCUGAGAAAAGCAGUUUCCAGUGUGAAAACCCCGAGGUUGGCCUUGGGGAGAAGGAACACAUGAGAGUGGUGGUGAAAUCUGAACCCCUGAGCUCACCUGAGCCGCAGGACGAAGUGAGCGAUGUGACCUCCCAAGCAGAAGGCAGUGAGUCUGUGGAGGUGGAAGGAGUUGUGGUCAGUGCUGAGAAGAUAGACCUGAGCCCCGAAAGCAGUGAUCGGAGUUUUUCAGAUCCCCAGUCCAGCACAGACAGGGUAGGGGACAUCCACAUUUUGGAAGUCACAAAUAACUUAGAACAUAAGUCCUCGUUUAGUAUUUCAAAUUUCCUUAACAAGAGCCGGGGAGGUAACUUUAGCGCUAGUCAGAGCAACGAUGAUAAUAUCCCAAACACCACCAGUGACUGCAGGCUGGAGGGCGAGGCCCCAUACUUGCUGAGUCCAGAGGCUGGGCCUGCAGGCGGGCCUUCCUCUGCCCCUGGCUCCCAUGUGGAGAACCCAUUCAGUGAGCCUGCAGAGUCCCACUUUGUCAGGCCCAUGCAGGAGGUAAUGGGGCUGCCAUGUGUACAGACCUCAGGCUACCAAGGGGAACAGUUUGGGAUGGAUUUUUCUAGGUCUGGCCUGGGCCUUCACUCUUCCUUCUCCAGGGUAAUGAUGGGUUCCCCAAGAGGAGGAGCUAGUAACUUUCCAUACUACCGCCGCAUUGCUCCAAAAAUGCCAGUUGUAACUUCCGUUAGGAGUUCACAGAUCCCUGAAAACUCUGCCAGUUCUCAGCUGAUGAUGAAUGGGGCCACCUCCUCAUUUGAAAAUGGCCACCCUUCCCAGCCUGGCCCUCCACAGUUGACCAGGGCAUCUGCUGAUGUCUUGUCAAAGUGCAAGAAGGCCUUAUCAGAGCACAAUGUCUUGGUCGUGGAAGGAGCUCGCAAAUAUGCUUGCAAGAUCUGCUGUAAAACCUUUCUGACUCUGACAGAUUGCAAGAAGCACAUCCGUGUCCACACAGGUGAAAAGCCUUACGCCUGCUUAAAGUGCGGCAAGAGGUUCAGUCAGUCCAGCCACCUGUACAAACACUCAAAGACCACCUGCUUGCGCUGGCAGAGCAGCAACCUCCCCAGCACUUUGCUCUAACCAUCUGUCCUCGUGAGACAAUGUGUAGGCCAGUUCUGGGACUGAAACUAAAAUCACUGUUGGCUGCAGCUGACCAUUGGACUCGGCUUCAGCUGCCCAGUGGCUUUUGCAGAUUCUGAGUAGUAAGCUGAGAACUGUGUAGCACUUACACUACACUGUUCUGAGUGAAGUGUGCACCUGGGGAGAAGGAUGCUAUCUGCGGAACCAAGUCUUUCCUUAGGGUUGACUAACGCAGUCAUGAAGUAGCUUGUCACUGAUGUUAAGAGUGGCAUAUUUAAAAAUUAAAAAUGAAAAUGCAAAAAAAAUUUUUUAACAAUUUUUAAAAGCUCUGUGAAGCAUUUAAUUAAAUUUUCUGCACCCUCUGAUGGGAAUAGUGUGUCCCUGUACAGCGAUGCAAACGCACUUAUGUGUAACCAGUGGUGACUUGGUGCCUGUCUGAAAGGAAGGCCCUGGAGGACGUGCGUGUCUGCCACAAAUGCUUUAAAGUGUAUCCUGAGCUAGUCCUAGGCCUCUGAAAGUGCUGUAUUCUUAAUUUUUAUCUGAGUUGCAGUCCAGACACUGCCCUCUGAUGGUGCUGACACUGGGUCCAGGGGAGAAUUCCCCAGGACUAACAGAUGUAUAUACUUUUGAAUAUAUCUCUGUGGGAUAGAUGUUUUAAGAGUUGUUUUUUUUUUCUGGUUUUAAAAACAAAGUUGUAAAUGGAGUAUGUACUUGUAGGGAGUGACAGUGAGGUGGUGUUUCUGUCUGUGUGAUCUUAGCAGUAUUUUAACCAACUUGUGUUACCGAUGUUGCAAUUCCAUUUGGAAGUCAGAAAAAAGCUAGUGUUUGUCUUUGUUCUGAUAAUGUAGACUCCUGUUUUGUGGGAUUUUCAUGGUACAUUUGCCCUUCAUUCCAUCCAGACAUCGAAGACCAAUCCAGUCUGGCACAUCCCACCCGAGGACAAGCUGUUCUUGCUUUGUUACUUCUCACUCCUGUACCCCAUAUGGUAUCUCUCCUGGGCUUAGUUAAACUAACCCAAAACUAUUCCAUUCCCCCAUUCUACUGCUACAUACUAUGCUUUAAAAGCUACACCUAAACUUUAACCCAAUACUCAGGGUUUAAAGUUACCGGAAAUCUAAAUGUAGUAGUGUUCAUGGCUUAAUAUUUUUCAGACUCUAGAAGAGUUAGGCAGCCCAUAGCAUAUAGAGUUUACCCAGUAGCAUCCAAGCCUCUUGGAGGUACAUUAGGUUCUCUGCCACGGCCUGUGCCCCCCCCCCCGCCUUGUCUGCUGACACUGUGCUGGCAGGUCUGUUGGUGCCCUUUGUAGGCUAUAUCCUGGCUCCUGUGUACCCAGUGGAACAGUACAGGUUCAUGCAUUGUCUGUAGAACUUGUUUAGUUUAUGCACGAACAGGAAUUUAUUUUUUAUUCAGCUUUUUCAGAGAUACCAAACCAUUGUGCAUAAUUCAGAGAAUUCAGUUCUUCAGUUUAGAAAGCCAAGUAUGUAUUUACUAAAACAAAAAUGAGCGUGUCUCCUAAGCUGCUGUGACCAUGCAUCUGUGGCUAACCCUGUAAUGUUCUGAGAGGGCAUGCUAUCUACUGUGAACUGAUUCCCAGGUAGGAAAGUCCAAAUGGAAACCUGUAACCCCUCCUGACCAUUAGGGGCCAUGGGUCACCUUCAGGAGGUAGGGACCAGUAUCCUGUGAGAUUAAUCUUGGGAAUCAGGUAGGUCAACAUGGAAAACAAGAGAUGCCCUGCCUGGCUCCAGGUGAGCUAGUGCCACGGGCAGAGCAGUGGCAGCCCUCCUUCCCUUCUGUCUAAAGGAGGUGGUGCCUAGAGCCUACUUCCUCACCCCAGCUUGGAUACAGUGGACUUUGCUUUGGGGCCUGUCCCUGACACACUCAGAGCCUGCCUUUCCACUGCUAGAUGGACCUGGAAUCUCUCAUCUACCUCGUAGUCAGUCUCUACGUGUGAGAAGCAAGCUUGUGGGCCAGUGUCCUUGGACAUGUAGCACUUCAAGAAUUCCAAGGGUCCCUGGAAAACCAGACCCAGGGUUCCUAUGAUUUGGAGUUUUCUAACUGGUAUUGGGGACCUGACUUUCGAUUUUAGCCUUAAUUAUAUCUGGCAUAAUCAUGUACAACCUACUCUGGUGAUCACAUCAAGAUCUAGAUGCACCGUCAAUGGUGCUAUGCUGGUCAGAACAGAUUUUGAAAUAAAACAUUUGUCAUAUUUA